CACGCCGCUGCUGCCGCCGCCGCCCGAACCCGAGCCCGAGUCCCGGCCAGCCUGAGCCCAGAACACCCGCGCCUGGGACUCCAAGCCGCGGCGAUGAUCCGAAUCUUUCCGGAUUUCAGCGUGCAGGUGACGGCCGCGGCGGCCGGCGGGGCAGCCGCUGGGGUACCGGCCGGUGCGGGCAUGGGGAGGGCCGGCGCCGCGGCCAAUGGCACCCCGCAGAACGUCCAGGGCAUCACCUCCUACCAGCAGCGAAUAACUGCGCAGCAUCCCCUGCCCAACCAAUCAGAAUGUAGGAAAAUCUACAGAUAUGACGGAAUCUACUGUGAAUCUACCUACCAGAAUUUACAAGCACUGAGAAAGGAGAAAUCCAGAGACGCUGCUCGCUCCCGCCGGGGGAAGGAAAAUUUCGAGUUCUAUGAAUUGGCCAAGUUGUUGCCUCUCCCAGCAGCCAUCACCAGCCAGCUUGACAAGGCAUCCAUCAUCCGACUCACAAUCAGCUAUCUCAAAAUGAGGGACUUUGCCAACCAAGGGGACCCUCCGUGGAACUUGAGGAUGGAAGGCCCGCCCCCGAACACCUCAGUGAAAGGGAUACAAAUGUGGAAAUCUGAACUCUGCAUGAGAAAGACACCAUGCGAAGUUAUAGGUGCCCAGCGAAGGCGAAGUCCCAGCGCACUGGCCAUCGAAGUAUUUGAAGCACACCUGGGAAGCCACAUUUUGCAGUCCCUGGAUGGCUUCGUAUUUGCACUAAAUCAAGAAGGAAAAUUUUUGUACAUUUCCGAAACCGUCUCUAUCUACCUAGGCCUCUCACAGGUGGAGCUGACAGGAAGCAGCGUCUUUGACUAUGUUCACCCUGGGGACCACGUGGAGAUGGCAGAGCAGCUGGGCAUGAAGCUCCCGCCUGGGCGAGGCCUCCUCUCACAGGGCACCGCAGAGGACGCCGCCAGCUCGGCCUCUUCCUCCUCUCAGUCAGAGACCCCUGAGCCAGUGGAGACAGCCAGCCCCAGUCUGCUAACCACUGACAACACCCUCGAGCGGUCCUUUUUCAUCCGAAUGAAGUCUACUCUGACCAAACGUGGCGUCCACAUCAAGUCGUCGGGAUAUAAGGUGAUUCACAUAACAGGCCGGCUUCGCCUCAGAGUGUCGUUGUCCCAUGGGAGGACAGUCCCCAGCCAAAUCAUGGGUCUCGUGGUGGUGGCUCACGCCUUGCCUCCCCCUACAAUCAAUGAAGUCAGGAUUGACUGCCAUAUGUUCGUCACUCGAGUAAACAUGGACCUCAAUAUCAUUUACUGUGAAAAUAGGAUCAGUGAUUACAUGGACCUGACCCCUGUAGACAUCGUAGGGAAACGAUGUUACCACUUCAUCCAUGCUGAGGAUGUAGAAGGCAUCAGGCACAGUCACCUGGACUUGCUGAAUAAGGGUCAGUGUGUGACGAAGUACUAUCGCUGGAUGCAGAAAAAUGGAGGCUACAUCUGGAUACAGUCAAGUGCCACCAUAGCGAUCAAUGCUAAGAACGCAAACGAGAAGAACAUCAUCUGGGUGAAUUAUCUUCUUAGCAAUCCUGAGUACAAGGACACGCCCAUGGACAUCGCACAGCUCCCGCACUUGCCAGAGAAGACUUCAGAAUCCUCCGAGACAUCCGACUCUGAAUCAGACUCUAAAGACACCUCAGGUAUAACAGAGGACAACGAGAACUCCAAGUCCGACGAGAAGGGCAAUCAGUCCGAGAACAGCGAAGAUCCAGAACCUGACCGCAAGAAGUCAGGCAGCGCCUGUGACAACGACAUGAACUGCAACGACGACGGCCACAGCUCCAGCAACCCAGACAGCCGCGACAGCGACGACAGCUUCGAGCAUUCGGACUUUGAGCACCCCAAGGCAGCCGAGGAUGGCUUCGGCGCGCUGGGCCCCAUGCAGAUCAAGGUGGAGCGCUACGUGGAGAGCGAGGCAGACCUGCGGCUGCAGCCCUGCGAGUCGCUCACGUCGGACAGCGCCAAGGACUCGGACAGCGCGGGCGAGGCGGGCGCACAGGCGUCCAGCAAGCACCAGAAACGCAAGCGGCGGCGGAAAAGGCAGAAGGGCGGCAGUGCCAGUCGCCGGCGCCUGUCCAGCACGUCUAGCCCGGGCCUGGACGCCGGCCUGGUGGAGCCACCGCGGCUGCUGUCAUCACCGCAUAGCGCCUCGGUGCUCAAGAUCAAGACAGAGAUCGCCGAACCCAUCAACUUCGACAACGACAGCAGCAUCUGGAACUACCCGCCCAACCGGGAGAUCUCCAGGAAUGAGUCCCCGUACAGCAUGACCAAACCCCCCAACUCGGAGCACUUCCCGUCCCCGCAGGGCCAGGGUGGCAGUGGUGGCGGCAGCAGCAGCAGCGUGGGAGCACUGCACGUGGCCAUCCCCGACUCGGUCCUCACCCCACCGGGCGCUGAUGGCGGGGCUGGCCGUAAGACUCAGUUCAGCAGCUCGGCCCCAGUGGCCUCCGACCCGCUGUCGCCCCCACUCUCGGCAUCCCCUCGGGAAAAGCACCCCGGGGGCGGGGCGGGAGCCAGCGGAGGUGGCCCUGGUGCGUCCAACUCCUUGCUGUACACUGGGGACCUGGAGGCCCUGCAGAGGUUGCAAGCGGGCAACGUUGUGCUUCCUCUCGUACACCGGGUGACAGGGACCCUGGCGGCCACCAGCACGGCGGCGCAGAGGGUCUACACCACAGGUACCAUCCGCUACGCGCCUGCUGAGGUGACCCUGGCCAUGCAGGGCAACCUGCUACCCAACGCGCAUGCUGUUAACUUCGUGGACGUUAACAGCCCCGGCUUUGGCCUCGACCCCAAGACGCCCAUGGAGAUGCUCUACCACCAUGUGCACCGGCUCAACAUGUCAGGACCAUUUGGCGGCGCCGUGAGCGCAGCCAGCCUCACACAGAUGCCCGGUGGCAAUGUGUUCACCACGGCUGAGGGACUCUUCUCCACGCUGCCCUUCCCAGUCUACAGCAACGGCAUCCACGCGGCACAGACUCUGGAGCGCAAGGAGGAUUGAGCGGGGCCCCACUCCGAGGCAUCGUCGGCAUUUUUAUUUAGACCUUUCAUUCUUGCACUUUGAAUUCGAGCAGGUCAGCGUCUUCUUGCAACACGGCGGACCCCUUCCACCCCUCUCUUUCUUUCACGACUUAUUCUUUCUUGUAAAGACAUGUUUAUUUUUUUGCCUUCAGAGGGUCAGAUGACCGGUUGCCUGCCAUUUUGUCUUCUAAGAUGUGUGUUGGGUUGUUUGGCUUUCCUUUGCAUCUUUAUUAAGAUGUCUUUAUGUGUAUAUGCCUCUGCCAUAGAAUACUCAGUCUUGUGGUCAAGAGAUUUCUCAAGUGACAACCAUUGGGUUUUCUUCCUAAAGAUCUUGAUAUGAUCAAGAUGGAAAGAGACAAGCAUAAAUGAUUGUGCCCUGUUGACUAAGUCAAAUGAAAUGGGGUGGCUGUUUUUUGAUUUCCCUGUCCCUAAUUCCUUUGAAAAUAGGGGAAUAGUAUUUUAGAAUUUUAUGCAGAAUUUAAUUCUUUUUAUGAUUAAGAUUUUAAGAUUUUCUUACUUGCACAUAAAAAUAAUUUGGGUUCUUAAACUUAAUUUCUGGCCUGUGACUAGAAUGUUUUAAAAAAAAGUUGGACUAAGUGGUAAUUACUGAGACAUUAACUUAAUUUCUAAAACCAUGGUGCUAUCAUUUAUUAAUCUGUAAUGUCCUCAUACAAAAUGCAGCUCCCGGGCUGGGUUUUGGAAAAGAAACUGUGUCCUGUCCUAGUCUGGAGCCCCCGUUGCUACAGUCUCCUUGGUUAGUUAAGACAAAGCCCUCAUUAGCAUUUGCUGCAGGACUUACUUUUACCUCCCAGCUAACAAACAUCGCCUCACUUUCAAUUUAAGGGGUCAGUAAAGCUCUGUUUAAAGGGGGCUUUGGACAACUCGGACUGACAGAGGAGAUGUCUGAGCACAUAUUGCCUUUCAUUGAGCUUCUCUCUGCCCUUGCUCAGUCUAACGGAGACUGGUUUGCAACUUCAGUAACACUUCAGAGUGGAAGAAGGAAAAGGAGAAAUAUUUAACAUGGUUUUUGUUUGGGAUUUCUUGGGGCUAAUUUGAUGGAAUUUAUUUCCCUUUGGUUCUUAUUUCUGAGUUGAAGCCAACACGUUUUUAAAACUAAAGAAUUGGUUAAUGAGCUUCAGACAGAUAAAACUGCAACUGAAAACUGCACAUUCAAUGAAAAAAAGAAAAAGAAAAAAAAAAGAAAAAAAAAUAGCCUAUUUUGUCUUUGUUGCCAGAAAUCAGUGUGGUGUCAAACACUCCAAAUGACUGUCCAGUAUAGAUUCUUCUCCCACUUCCUUUUUGGCAGCUGUGUGUUAAGGCAUCUAAUACCAGGUGUGAGAACUGUAACGUGUGCAACGUGUCGUGUCCUUGGCUGUGGGUCCCAUUGCAGUUUCGGUGUGUGUUCCUAUAUGCAGUAUAUGCUAAGCUAAUGUAGUCGUUUCGUCCACUGUCUUCUCUGUGCUCUGUCUCUAGUGGAGUGGCGCAGUCCCAUUCCUGCAGUCCUAGUGAAUCAGUGACUCUUGGGGGUUAGUGGUUUCUCGUGGUGGCCUUUCCCUGUGCUGUCACCUAUACUGCUUCUACUGUCCGCGCGUCCUGCUUUCCUUUGCCGCGUUCCUGCCUUUGCUUUGCUCUUGUAUAUUCCCCCUGCUUUCCCUGUCUUUCCCACUGGUCUCCCCCUUCUCUCCCCUGCUUCCCUUCUCGGAUACCCCUGAUCUAUUUCAUUCUCAGCGAUUAAAAAGAAAAAAAGGAAAAAAAAAAGAGAGACUCUUAACUAGCUCAAGGUUAAUGGAGCCAUUUUUCCCACAACGGAAUUCUGGGUGUGACGCUCCUGGAGUGCUACCCAGAGCACUGAAGAGUAAUGCUCAGAUAUAGUAAAUAAAUCGAUGCCAUACAGCCUCAGUGUUAACAUUCCCAGAGUCCCUUGUGCUCUACGGUUAAGCAGUGGGUGCUUUUCUUUGGUUUCCUUUCAAGUUGGCUGAUGGAGCAGUAUAUAAAGCAAUUACCAGUGAGACAGAAAAUGAUUUCAAAGGCCAACCAACAUUUUUUUAAGCAAAAUGGGAGGGGUUAAUGGGAUAUAGAAUUGUCAUAUAUAUUUGUUUAUUCGUGCAAUGCUAAUAUAGUAACUCAGCUGUCCUCUGAAUUAUCACCGUGCUGAGUGGAUUCCUGUAGAACUUUUGAUUCCGUGAGUUGGGCCCAAGCCAUGGUGGAAUAAUAACAGAAGGAAGUUAAAUGCCACAAAUCUUAGCACUGAGCUUCCUUGGACGACUUAAGUCAGUUUAGAAGAUGAGAAAAGCCGAUGGAGAAAUUUAAAGAUUAGUUUUGGAAGCCGUACUCUAGCUAUCGAACAAUCAAGGGAAUGCACCUAUCAGCUACAAAGAACAGCUAGACAGCUGGGUGUUUUUUCUUUUAUAAAUGUUUCUGUGUUGUGUCAAAAUGAUUUCUGGUGAUUUAAAACUAACAGAUAAUCACAGCUGCUGUCGAAAUCCAUAGUGUUUAAAAUUACAAAAUGAAAAAAAAAAACCACUCCAUUACCUGUGAAGAUUGUGUCUGUGUUUUUAACUAUUUCUUGUACAAAUCUAUGAAAACUCUUAAGAGGGGACUGGUGCCACGUAGCUGAAUAAUGGGGAAAGGGAUAUUCUGUUCGUCAAGCCCUCAGCAGUGUGACCAACUCUACAAUCUCUCUAUAAAAAUAAUUAAAACGUUACAAAGCGACAGCUAUGCUACGUUUGUUUUGUGUGAAGCUAACCGGACUUAACUUCCUGAGUGCCUGGCUUAUUUUGAAACAUUUUUUUUCAUUGACCAUUGAUAAUGCUGCAAAUCAGAAAUGUACAUACUUCAUUUACAACAGGGUUCUUUUUAUACUUUUGUAGAUUCUCAUACAUGUCACAUACAUGGUUGUCUUUAUGUAACUUAAUUUUUUCAUCCGCAGGUGCCAUUCUCAUAAUAAACUUC